CAGGGUUCCAGAGGAUAUUUUCCUCAUAUUGUUAAAUUUAGAAUAUCAGAGGGGGACGCACCGUCUCUACCUGUGGAGCUGACACGGGGACACUUUGAGGUGACCAGCAUUGACUGCUGGGACCAGGAUAAUAAUAUCAUAUAUUUUACAAGUACUCUGGAAAACCAACCGGAAGUGCGUCAUCUGUUUCGAGUGAGUGAUAAAGGAGAGAGCAAACCUGAAUGUUUAACCUGUCCUUCCUUUUCCUUUAACUCACCAGUAAUUAACUCCAGCUGUCCACACAGCUGUUCUUGUGAUUCAUCUGUUAGCUGUCAGUUUGCCGACAGCUACGAACGCCAGGGUGAAUGUGAUGUUGAGAAUACCGGGUACCAUUGUGAAUACUCACAAAACAUGUUUUCACCGUCCUGUAAAGCAUACGUCCAGAAUUGUAAAGGGCCCUGUAUACCAUACAGUAAAGUGUAUGAACUUCCCUCCAAUAGUUUGUUAUUGACCUUGGAUACAAACUCCAGGCUACACCAGCUGGUCAACUUAACGGCUUUACCACAUAUCAGAUACAUGAGUAUUCAAGUCGCUGAUCAUCAGUUUGCUAAACUUAAGAUUAUUAUACCGCCUGGUUACUCAGAUACGGACAGAAUCUCAUUCCCUACUCUUUAUGAAAUAUAUGGUGGACCAGGGCACCAACUGGUUUCUAAACAGUGGAGCGUGGAUUGGGUCCAUUAUAUUGUAAUAUCUAGAUAUGGUGGACCAGGGCACCAACUGGUUUCUAAACAGUGGAGCGUGGAUUGGGUCCACUAUAUGUCCAGUGCUAAGGGGUUUGUUAUAGUCAUCAUGGAUCUAAGGGGUUCAGGCUUUCAG